CACGCCCAACGGUCGGGAGCAGGCGGUCGAGGAGGAAGUGUCUUCUGAACGUGUUCGGCAGCCUCGGGGGAUUUCUGGCGGCCUCCAGGGGCAGGCCCCCGGAGACCGCCGGGGAUCUCCAGGUACGACGUGAUCCUGGAGCUGUUCCGCGCGGACAAGGCGUUCUGGGAGGAGUGGAACGUGGUCGACUGCGUGCGCACCCAGCCCGGUGAGAGCGCGGAUACCGACGAGGCGUGCAUCCGUGUCGUCAUGACAUCCCGAGCGAGCGGCGGCCUUUCCCCACGAUCUACAGCCCGGCGGAGGCGGGCAUGGCCGGCGACACCCUGGAGGGGCUUCUGCAGCCCGGCCACUGCGUGCUGCUGGAGGUCGUACGGCUGGAGGAGGCGCGGCUCAUCCUGUCGAGCCAGCGCGCCCUGCGCGGGCAGGUGGAGGAUCGGUACCUGUGGCUGGACCGCGUCGUCAGAAGGGCGGACGGGCUGGACGAGAACGACCACCGCCCGGAGCCCCGCUGCAAGCAGAAGGCUGCCCGCCAGAGGGCGCUCGGCGGGCGCACCGCCGCGGCGCUGGGCGCGGACGGGGCGGGCAGCCAGCUGCCGCUGUCCGCCGCCGUGCCGUCCUUCAGCGACGAGCACGACCCGCUCCACAGCGACGCCAUCGGCGCGCCCUGGCAGGUGAUCCACGAGUGCAGGGUGGUGGACGAGUUCGGGGCCCACCUGGCGCUGGGCGGCGGCCGGGGGGCAGAAGGCGAUGCCGCCCUCGCGCUCCGAAGCGGCGACGACUCGGCGUCGUUCUUGGAGGACGACGAGCUCGAAUGCGAGCUCGAGGCCAUCCAGGCGCGGGCGCAAGCUGGUCGGCAAUGCUAGCUGGCGACCGAGCUGGCCUCAACGUUGUCAGUCCAGCCGCCCAGCAGCCUCCCGAUGCCGUGCCGGUCCCGAUGCCGCGCUGGUCCCGCUGCCUUUCUGGCCCCGAGGCCGCGGAGAGCGCGAGGCCGCGCGCGGCGCGCGGGCGGCUGGGUGCGCCGAGGUGCGCCCACCAGGCCGCCGAGUGCCGCCGUCGACUGCACGUGAGAGGACCUGUCGCUGGAGUGACCUUGGUGCGGGCCGAACGGGGUCCCCCGCUCGUCGAGCGCGGUGCGAUGGUAGCGUCUUGCGGUUCGGCCCCCCCGCGGUCUCCAAAACGCCGCGCACCAAGGGCGACUCUUGCCUGGGGUCACUCCUUGCGUGUCGCCGAAGCGCGUCCGCGCCCGGCGCGGGGGCGGCUGGGUGCGCCGACGUGUGCCCACCAUGCUGCCGAGUGCCGCCGGCGUCAC